AUCACCAGCUUGCACACAUAUCCUGACAGAAUCUGAUCCAGGGGCGCGAGAGAACGGGCUGAGGAACAUCAGAAGAAAUAACGAGACAAGCAAGAGACACUGCAACACGUUUAACAGGUGUCCCCCUCUCUCUAUGAUCUCCCCAGCUCUCCCGGGGAUAUUGUUCAUUUCCAAGAUCCGUUUUAAAAUGUUUAACAAAAUCCGCGAGUGGCUGGGCACCGGUAUCGCCUCCCUGAGGGACGGAGACGAAGUCGCGGUGGUAGCGGAGACGGAUGAGGUUCGAGACGGCCCCAGGGGCAGAAAAAGAUCCCUGAACUGUGUUCUGGAUGGAGGCUGCACUGAGGCUGAGGACAGAGCCAUGAAGAAAUUCAGAAUGGGAGACCUGGUGGACACGGUGAAGCUGGCGGCGGAAGGAGUGAGGGUCCGCGGCACCAGCGUGGCGUCCUGGGUCCGAAACAACGUCAGCCCCUCGCUGAGGGCCAUGCUGCCUGCCUCGCCUGGCCCGCCCGAGCCACCCGAGCCCACGCCCACCCCCACCACCUCUGCGUGGAGAGACUGUGAGUUCCCUGUGAGGACUCCUGGUUCUCUGGGAGAGACCUUUGUGGCCCCUUCACCAGCGCUGGAGUGGAAAACCACCUUUAGGCGAGCAUUGCUCCGGAAUGAGAAACUGGCUGCGGGUUUGACAGAUGGCAAGACGCCAGUCAGCCCCUUGCCCUGUGAGACUCACAAGACCAAUGGGCACUCUGUCAGAGCGCCCCCUGCCUGCAGCCUGAAACAGCCUCCCUCCUCCCCCAAGAUGGACAGGACCUUGCUGCUGGGACCACGGACUGCGCCCAGACCGUUGUCCUCCUGUGCAGAAGGGGGCAGCUUGGCAAACCAGUCUUACACCUCCAUGUAUGAGAAGACCUUCCCUAUCCGCGUGGUGCAGAGUCCACUGCGCCGCCGUGGCAUCCUCCGCUACCGCCGCUCCGUCCAGCACUGCACCGCCCAGGAGGUGAGGCGCCAGCAGCGCGAGAGGGCACGGGCUGAUUCUCGCUGGGUUUUUUUAAUGCUUCCGGGGGCAGCCUGCAAUUGUGAGUGCCCCAUCAAAGAUAUUGUCCUUCAUUUGACCAGGACGACCAGUUUCCUCAGCUCCACGCGCCGCUUGUACCAGCGGUCAGGCUGCACAGGGGAAGGCGAGGAACAGCGGUCGGAGGUCCCCAGCAGCCCCCCGAGUCCCUCCAGCCCCAGGGCGCUGUCCAGCGGGGGCUCCAGCACCCUGCCCAGCCCCGGAGCUGCCUCUGUGGACCUGGAGAACCCUGCCUGGCCCUUCUCCAACCACGUCAGCCCGGGGGCGUCCCCGAGCCAGCCCGUCCCAGAGCCUCCCGCUGCCCUGCAGGACAGCUCGUCGCAGGACACGCAGUCCUCAGCUCAAGACUCAGACUCGGUCAUCUUCGUGAAGGAACAGCAGCCCAAGAGGGAGGACAGGAUGAGCGUGCCCUUCUUCCACACGGAACUGUGGAUCAAAGAACUGACGAGUGUGUACGAUUCUCGAGCGCGGGAGCGGCGGAGACACAUCGAGGAGCAGGAGGCCCUCGCCGCGCGUCUGCAGAAACAGCGGCUGUCUGCAGAGGGCCGCCCAGGCCAGCCGCCAGUGGAGCUGCACCUGCGCGUGCCCCUGGAGAAGGAGGUUCCCCUGGCGCCUAUCGUCGAGGAAACCAAACCAGUCAGGGAGGAGCCCGAAUUCCCUGAGCUCACUCAGUCGAUGGAGGAGGAGGUGACCAAGGCGUUGCGGGGGGGCAGUCAAGACGAAGUCCUGAGCGAGGGCUUCAGGCUGACCAUCACCCGAAAAGACCUGCAGACCCUGAGCCACCUCAACUGGCUCAACGACGAGGUGAUCAAUUUCUACAUGAACAUGCUGGUGGAGAGGAGCAAGCGCCCGGGCCUGCCCUCCGUCCACACCUUCAACACCUUCUUCUACCCCAAGCUGCGCAACGCGGGCUUCCCCGCCGUCCGGCGCUGGACCAAGAAGGUGGACAUCUUCUCCGUGGACAUCCUGCUCGUGCCCAUUCACCUGGGCGUCCACUGGUGCCUGGCGGUGGUUGAUUUCCGGAAGAAGAGCAUCGUGUACUUUGACUCCAUGGGAGGAAGCAACGACGAAGCCUGCAGACUAUUGCUGCAGUACCUACAGCAGGAGAGCCGUGACAAGAGGAACAAAGAGCUGAACACAUCGGGCUGGGUCGUGCAGAGCAAGAAGCGGAAUGAGAUCCCUCAGCAGAUGAACGGGAGUGACUGUGGAAUGUUUACCUGUAAAUAUGCUGAUUACAUCACCAAAGAUAAGCCAAUCACAUUCACGCAGAAACACAUGCCAUAUUUCCGGAGGCGAAUGGUGUGGGAGAUCUUGAAUCGGAAGCUUUUGUGAAUUUCGGGAGAAAGCACCAAGGCAUUCCUAAAUCUGACAUGGGGUGUAAUGGGACGGAAGACUUGGGAAGGACUUUGACUUAAUUUCCCCAAAACUCUACCCAGCUCCCUCUUUUCCUCCUCCCUCAGUUCCUCCACAACCUUAAGACAACUGACACCUUCCCACAAAAGCCCAGACUGGAGCACCCGAUAUGUUUUUCAGAUAAUGGCCGACCUCCUUCACCACUCAAUUCUGCUCCCAAGGCAUUUGUCCUGGGACGAUCUGCCCCUGCGCAUCAGUGUGGCUUCUCGUUUAGCGCUCCUGGGCGGCUGCUGUAUUUCAGCGUGGAUUAUUGGGUCGGGCGGUGCUGAAAAGACUUGAAAGGGAAUUCUGGGGCCCAGUGGGAGGCACUACAGAAGGUCUUCUCAGAUGUUCCUCUCUCCGCGUUUGUUAUGGGGGAAGAACAAGCCCCCCCCCCUGUUGUUCUGUGGAGGAGAGGAAAAGAUCACAAGUACUCAAACGAUCUCUAGUGCUCCUUAAGGGUAAGCGCGACAAGCUGAUCUUCCCCAUUCUUCGCCCACAUGGGGCACGGUAAACCACCAGUCGCUGAGGUUCCAUUUGAUUUGGUGGCUGGUUUAGCCUGGUUGGUGGGGAAGAGGAAGUCGGCUCCGAUGUUGAGAGCUCUUCAUAGGCAACAUGAGAAUGGGAGUUGCUAUUACUCUUCUCCUGCCUGGGAAUGUCGCCGGAUUUCUUCGUCCAGGUCUGUUUUCUCCCACCGCGUCAGGUGGAGUCUCGUGGUUUCGUUUUUUCAUCUCGGACAGGGGAUCCUUUGCAAGCAGUCGUGGGGGGGGGGCACGUGCAAGGAGUUUCUAUCGCUGAGCUUCGGAGGAGUGGGGAGGGGGGAGCGUGGGUUUGUGUGGCCAGAGUGUGACGAGCACACAGCUGACGGGAUGGAUGGAAAGACCGCUUGUGAACACGGGCCCAACGGCAGUGAUGGAGACCGCAGGAGAGAAGAGCUCUGCUCUUGUGACUGUGUCCAGAAGAUCGGAAGGCAGAGACCCGAGGCAGUAAUUAAGAAUUGACACUAGAGGAAUAAAAGCGAACUGCUUACUUGUCAUCUGUCUGAAGUGGCCACUCCUCCCUUCAGGUCACACCUGGUGGAGUCCACCUGAGCCAGGUGUGGUCUUUAAACUCACAUUUAAGUCUGGACUGAGCUGAUGGCAACAGGGGAUGGAGAACACUUGCUCCUGAAUGAACUGGCAUAGCUUAAGGACUCCACACAACAGCUGAAAUAAUUUCAGAAAGUGUCUUGUUUUUGUUAAAAUUAUUUAUUGAAGUGAUAUGCUUGUCACCAAGCAACAACAAAUGUAAAAUUCACGAUAAGAUACUGAAAGACCCAAUUGCACAUUUGCAUUAAGGGGGCACCACAUGCAAGCAAACAGCAAUAAUGAACCCGUAAGGAGAACUAGAGAACAUAUCGGCUAAUGCUUUUUGGAACAGCUGCUCCUGCUUUCUUGCCUGUGGUGAUUAAGUGGUGCUAUAAGUCAUGCUUGCUUAGUGUUGAUUACUGAUUUAGUGGGGACUUCAAACACCAUCUCUCGUAUGGAGGUGGGUUGCAGAAAAUGUGCGGGAUUGUGUGAAGACAGCCUGCUCAGUGGCGAAAGACUUGGGAAGCCUUUUAGUCAGUAAGUAGUUCCGUUAAAUGCUCUGUAUCUCAGGUGGGCUGUGCUGUGAGCAGAGUAUUAUACAGCACUUGUUCACGUUCUGCUCGGCUCUCUGUUAGCCUGGAGCACUUUGCCACGCUGGCAGGUCUUCUGUGCUGCCUUCCAUUCUGUUUCCACAAAACGCAAAAACCCAGGAAUUCUUUUAUCCAAAGCUUAUCCUUUGAUUUUGUUUUCCUAUGAUUUGCUUUAACCCUGGACUUGCCUACCUAAACCCCUAUUUGGUAGUACCAGAAGAGUGCGAUUUGGGGCCUGUCGAACAAUUGUUUCAAAUUCUGUUCUACACUUUGCUUUCUGCAUUUUCUGAUUUCUGAAUUCACUCCUUGUCACUCCUAUUGGAAAUGUGUGACCUGGUACCUAUACUGGGUUCUACCUAUGCUUCAUAAGCCCCGUGCUCCUUUUUUCUCAACACUGAAAGUGUGAGCUACCUCACACUGCAGCUCAGUAUUAAGUUAUGAGUCAGGGGAGCCCCAGUCCUCUAAGUCGCCUAGUUUCAAAGACUGUCAAAUAAUUGAUGAAUCAAGCAAGUCAGCUGUUCAAUUAAGUAAAAUCUAAAGUGGGCUGAAGAGUAGUUAGAUGAUCUCGUAACAAAUUUUAAGAAAUGAUCAGUUUAAGUGAUCGCAAUGGAAUGUUUCUAAGUCCUUAGAAACUGGUGCUAGAAAAGUGAAAUUGGUGAUUUAAGGGUUACCUACAAACCCUGUUGCACUGGGCUUCUCUGGUACCAGGAUAUGAGUCUUAAGAGACCUAUAGGACUAGGACUGGCAUUGAAACACCUGCACCUUCAUUAUGGCGAUUAAUUCACUUCCUGGACACGUUCACAGGGACGCACCUGUAGUGACAGGCCCAUAAAGACAUGCCCACAAGGGGACAUCUUCAAUGACAGGCCCAUAAAGACAUGCCCACAAGGGCACACCUACAAUGACAGGCCCAUAAUGGACACAUCUGCAAUGACACAUCCAUAAAGACAUGCCCACAAAACAAAAAUGAUCUUCAGCCUGAGUUGCUUUCAGUUAGAGAUCAAUUUCGGAUAUUUCUCCUUGUCUAUUGCCAUUGGCAUAGAGUUGAAAUUUGUUCAAGACUGAUUGUUACUAUUAAAAAUGUUUUUAAGGAAAAACGUUUUUAGAGCAUUUUGCAAGAAUUUACAAAUUUUGUAUAUAUUCAUAUGUAUGUACUUGUUUUUUCUUUAUUUAAUAAGACAUUUUGUACCUUUUAUUAUUGGUUUUGUAUCCAGGGAAAAUCCUUCUUUGUAGAAUUAAAAACCUUAAAAGGCAA